GCGUGCGCGGCGCCAUGGCCGCCGGUUCCGCGGCGGUGCUAGCGCGGGCGCUGGAGGCGCUGGAUGUUGGUGGUGUAGCAGAUAAGAUUACUUUAAUACCUCAAGACUUUUUUGCAGAACUGUGCGAACAAAUAAUUCAACAUCUGAACCAUAAGAUCCCAGGUGUAAAUACAACUGAAUUGUGUCAGAGAAUUCAAACAUCCGGGAUUGAGAUUAAUGUUGGUGACCUGGCAAAAAUAGCUAACAUUGUUUCCUUUCUAUUUAGUACAGCAGCCAGAAGCAAUCUCUCUACAGAGGAACUCGUCACUGCCUUGGGCAACACAGUCAGCGUGCUGCCAAAACAUGCCGUUCAAGUUAUUCGUCAUGUAUGGAAUGAACAGGGCAAAUCCAUUAGUGUGUCAGAAGAUGCAAGAAAUACAGCCACAGUGGGGCAGUUUGUAGACAUUAAAUGGAAACUGGGAGUUGCAAUGAGCUCUGACACCUGCAGGUCUCUGAAGUAUCCUUAUGUUACAGUGACACUAAAGGUGGCAGACCCUUCUGGACAAAUAACAGACAAAUCUUUUGAAAUGACGGUCCCACAGUUCAAGAACUUCUUCAGACAGUUCAAGGAAAUGGCAGCUGUUCUUGAAACAGUUUGAAGAGAACUCUUAUUUACACUGACAUUUCGGACAGACUUAGAUCAAGUAAACUUUUCAUUCUGCACAAGGAAUAAAGUGCCAUUGUUCAGCAAGGUAUGUAUCCCUGUCUUUUUGACAGGUAUUUGUCAGCAUCGUCCUUGCAUUGCUGUGAAGAUUCCUUUGCUUUUGAAUACUUGAAGCAAAUUCUGCAGUGCUUGUGAAAAUGUGUUCAGCUUUAUUCAUCUUGAUACGCAACAGAUCAGGAUGUGUAUGGAGAAGCACCACUGUAGACUUUCUAAUAUCCAAGAGUAAGAAACUGUAUGUAAGAAACUACACAUAACUCUGGAGUACAGAAAAACACCUGAAAACAUUGAGUGGGAAUACUGAGAGAAGUGUAAAUGCCAUGGUAACACUUUUGUCUGUAAAAUUGAGAUGUGCUUGGACGCAACAAAUAAUAUUAAGUAUAAGGAGUAUAUGAAGUUACACAUAACAAGCAUACAGUUAUUCUUGAAGAAUAGCAAUGUCAAGUAGUUAGUUGCAGGUAUUUGCGGACCUGGCUUCCAGUCUUCUUUUAAUAACUGCAGAAUGUACUUGUCCUAACAGCUUGUUUAUUUCAAAUACUUAUUUCCCACCAGCUAGGCUUAUAAAAACUGAGUUAAUGCAUUAAGCUUUUGUGGAGACCCAAAAUUUGUUCUCUGAAAUGAAGCCCAGAGGAUAAUUUUAAAUAAAGGUAGAAAGGUGAAUUUAAUUCAAAAGCAUUUUAAUAUAUUUUUGCCUUUGCAUUUAAUCCAACUCUAAUCUGUGGCACUCUGCUUGAUGUUUUGAUCAGCAGUCUGCUUUCUAAUUAAAUUAGAAUAUCGAUGCAGUUGCCUCACUUCAAGCUCUGGACUAGAAAAGUCAAGAGGAAACUUGAAAAUUGAGGCUGGAGUGUUAGCUGAGUACAUCAGAGAAAGGACCACACUAAAAGUCAGCAAGAUUUUUGUUGUAUUGUGUGUCAGGAGUCCACUGGACUGUGUUGUGCACGCUUGCACUCGGAGAAUGUCCUAACCAGCAAAAUUUUGACUUUGAUUAUGGGUGCAUUUCCAAAGGGAAGUGAUAAAUCCAGUGUGCUUGCAUGCUCUCUUUUUUGUUGUCGUUUUUUUUCUUGAGUUUUCCAUAAACCAAACACAAACUGCUAAUACAGUGGGAUGUAAUAAAAACAAUACUGUUGCAUUUCAAGAUGUGCUGGUGGUGUAGUAGAGCAAGUAAACGUGAAGAGAGGUGAUUCAUACUGAUAAGCAGACUGAAGUUUAUGUUGCACCGUCAGAAUAGUAGACACUGAGAAACAGUUUUGCUGGGACAGAUCCUCAAGUGAUUUCAGGCCCCUUUUAAGUGAGAACAUCUACCUUUCUAACCCACUUACAUUUUUUUUUUUUAUUAACUUUCUUAGAAGCUGGCCGAAACUCAUUGAUACAGGUUAUGCCUGCCUUUUUGCAUCAUGAAAAUAAACUGCAGCUCACUGUGCGGGCUGCAUACUGCAUUCCUUUUAAUAAGGAGAUAUACACCCCACCCACCCCCCCCCAUUUGGCCAUUAUGUAUGGUGCAUAAAAACAGUACUUGGAAUUGCCUAGAAGCCCAAGAAAGUGAAACAGUGUUGGCUUUAACAAAAGAUAGUAAAAAUUUUGGGCUGUUGCCCUUGAUCUGGGUGAUACUUCCUUUGUGCUGCUGAAGUCUGAGGUGUUUGCUUUGUGGCUGGGGAGAGCUGAUUGCUCUCUUCUGGGACCUUCUCAAUGGAAUGUCACAAUGGUCUCGGCAACAGACUUCCCGUUUGCCUUUUCCCUUGUCUGUCUACAAGGGCUCGGGGCUGAACUUAGUGGAAAAAAAACCCUCUCUGUGUGUGGAAAGUGAUGUAAGCAGCUGAUUAUUUUUUUU